GGCUGAAGCUCAACGUACGAUUCUUUUCCAGCAAGAGGGCCAAGCGCACCAUUCACGACUUGUCUUCGGUCCGUCAGCGCCGGAACGAGUCCCUGGGCAAGUACUACGAGAGAUUCACGAAGGAACUCAUGAUGAUAGACCAGGUCAAUGAUCUAGUAGUACGG